CCAAAAAUUAAACAUAUCAGGCUCGGAUCGACCUCGGCUCGGGGGGCUCGGGAUGCUCCAACUUGAGGUGGCAGCCUCGCUCGAGCUCGGCUCAUAUACUCAGCACACUCCGCUCAGGGCCUCAGGUUAUCUCCGUUUCUUAAACCCUUUCCCUUCUGUCGGACUCUCUUCUCUUGCUCUUCUUUCCCUGGCGGCGACGACCGGGCGAGCGGCGGCGACAUUUGUCACUUCUUUGCCCAGCCCUGUGCCGGCGACGAGCAUCCACCAGAUUCACCAUGAGUAAUGCCAGCACUAGAUUGCUGAAAGGCUUGAGGAGGGUCUUAGAACAGCAAAAGAUUUCAGCCGUUUUCUGCAGACGAUCUCAAGCUUGGAGUUCUACUGUCUCUUUUUCUGACCUUGAUGAGAAGGGUGAUAUGGACUUUGACAAUGAUUAUACCGAUUCAAAGAGAGAGUUACAGCCCCAGAGCGUAGAUCCCAAAAAGGGUUGGGGAUUCCGCGGUGUACACAGGGCUAUUAUCUGCGGCAAAGUUGGACAAGUGCCUGUGCAAAAAAUUUUAAGGAAUGGGCGUACAGUAACUGUUUUUACCGUUGGAACUGGUGGCAUGUUUGACCAGAGGGUAAUUGGGCCUGAGGAUUUACCAAAGCCAGCUCAGUGGCAUCGAAUAGCUGUUCAUAAUGACCACCUAGGUGCUUAUGCUGUUCAGAAGCUGGUGAAGAAUUCUGCAGUCUAUGUUGAGGGUGAUAUUGAAACCAGGGUCUACAAUGACAGCAUUAAUGAUCAAGUCAGAAACAUACCUGAGAUAUGCGUACGGCGCGAUGGCAAGAUUUGUCUGGUUAAAUCAGGGGACAGUGCUGCUAACAUAUCAUUAGAUGAACUCAGAGAAGAGCUGUUCUAGUGAUAGUUAAGGAUGUCAGUGCAAGCAGAUCAUGAGGUUGCUUCUUGCUUGAGGCAAGUUUGAGUAUGUUUAUUCUUAUUAUUAUAAGCAGUGCUAAUUUAAGUAUUAUCUUGCAUACUAUUCUGACUGGAUUUUCAUUCAUUUGAACACUGCCUUAUAGUACCAAAUUUACAUAUCCGACAAAGAACACUUCUGCCCUCAAUUUGAACAUUUCCCUAUAUACCUUGGUGCUACUAUAUCUUUACCAUGUGAUGCACAUCUUUCAUUAUCCAGGCCUCCUUUUUUAUGGCAUAGGUGCUUAUUAGUUUGUUGACUUACUGGGGUGUGUAUGGGUGUUGUAAGGGUUCUUACCCCCUUUUCUUCUUCUGAAAUAUAAUGAUACGUAGCUCUAUUGCAUGUUCGAGAAAAAAAUUAUCCAGGCCUCCUCAAUCCUCGUGUUGACUUCCUUUAAGUAAAAAAAAGCUUAUAAUUAACUGAGUAAACAACUGUUCACUCUCCAUGCCAUGAGAACUGAAAGUAAGAAUUGAGUUCUGAAUACAAAUUAUCAUAAUCAAUUGAGUAAAAUAAACAAGCCACCAAAUGAAUUUUCUAGACUUGAAAACAAAGAAAUAUGGGAAGGAAGAAGCAAGUGAAAACAGAAAGAAUGAAAUAUCUACAAAUGUUGUCUAAAAAAAGUGUCAUUCCUGUGGAUGCCACUUGAUUCAUGCACUAAUCUUGAAACCUCAGAUUAAUAAGAUUGCUCGUAUUUACAUUUCACAUGCUACCUCGUAAUAUAAAAAAACUUAUAGGAAGAUAACAUUUAGUAGAUUGAGAGACUCUCACAUCAAUGCACUCACCUUAAGGCGACUAAAAACAUCUUCAUCGACAGGCUUAAGGUGAAGCUUCUUAGUUCUUACAUACCUUGCUACACUGGGCGUGCCUUUGACAGUGUUGCUGGUCUCAUCUUGCCCCCUGACCUCCUCCUGAGCAUCUCCUUCAUGCCAUCAGCUACCCGGACCGCUGGGCUUGACAGCGGAAUCCUGCAGAAUUCCAUAUGAGCCUUGAUAGCCUCUUCAAUUCCAUCCUGGUUGCUGCUGUCUUUACUGAGUCCAUCCCUUACAGCCUCUGAGCAUAAGCCACAGAGCCAUUUCCCUCCAAAGUUGCCCUUGACAUUAUCUAUGUAUUCCUGGGUGCAGUCCUCUUUCAGGCCACAGCAAGCGCACCUCACUGAUUCAAUGUCCAUCUUCAGUGCUCAUGAAAGCAAGGUGUGUGAGCCAGCAUUAGUGUAGAAAUAGAGCCGGAAAGCAAUAACAAGGAGGGAGAGGGAGACAAUCGAUAACAGCAGGGGAACAAUUGGGGCCUCAGCUCUCAGGACUAGGUUGCUACUUGUAUGGAAAAAUUGGACAGCUUGUCUUUUCCUCUGGAUUGUAUUGCUUAGCUCCGAUUGAUGAUUGAAAUUUCGGGAUUUGCCCAGGCACAUUGUAUCUUGUGCAGUGCACUAGCUGGUGAAGGCCUAUGAUCUGCGUCGAAGGCUGCUGGUCACAUGGCCGUAGCUGUGAUGAAGGUACGAAUAGCAGCAGAAGCCUGUAGUUGAUUGGAAAAUGCCGUAAAACUUGGGUUCACGCCUCCAUUUCUGAUUGUAUUUCUUCCUCCAUGUUUUCAGCACAUAAACAAUGGUCUAUGAAGCAACUUUUUUUUUCGUUGAAGCAAUAACAGAUCGUUUAUGUUUUUUUUAUACCUGAAAAACUUUUGACCAGGGUUUCAUAAACUUGACAUGUUGGUCCCAAA